UGUCGCUCUGCGUAGUUCUUCAAUGUUCGAUUUAUAAUUUAAAAAAAAUUAUUGCCGAUCGUUCGCGUUCGUGGUCGUGGUGGUAUUUUGUUGUCUAAGAAAUCUUGUUUUUGGUGUGGGUUUAUAUUUUCGUCGCGUCGUCGUCUUUGCUGAAGACUAAAGAGCGUCAAAGAAACAUUUCAGUUUCACUCUUUUUUCCUUUCCUCACCUUCUCCUCGACUUAACUAUGUUGCCAGAGGCAUAAUAACCAACCGACCGAUCGUCAACAUAGUGUGCGUACUUUUCAACUUUAAUAUAUAAUCUUGUGGUUUUGUUUCUUGAUAUAUUUUAUGGUAAAGAUAGAGAUACGAAUACGAAUAGUAUACCUAUGCACCUUACCACCAACACUCUUUUAACAUUCUUAAGGAAUUUCAUUACAUCUCCUUUUUCUGCUGCUUCGUUGUUUGCACAUCUCGAUCUCACCUGAAGACCUGAAAAGAAGAAUUUAAAGAAAAAAUAAAGCAACAAUAUAUUCCCCGAACUUGUUGUUACUAUUUCGUGAGUGUGUUGUCAUUGUUGGUCUCUUUUAUUAUUAUUGAUUCGUCUUCGUAGAGAAAUCCUAGCGGUUUUUGUAAAAGAUUAAAUAUCACACCUUUAAUAAAAACAAAAUAUCAAAUACUUUAUCUUUUACCUACUUUUGUGUGACAGGCGGACAAACGGUUGACUUACGCAAUUUCGCAUUUUUGUGUUGCCUCGUUUUAGCCCGUUGCUGCCUACCUUUACAUCUUAUAAUAUCCUCCCACCUAUUUCUUACGUCGUCGUUUUUCAUUUAAUUUUCAAAUUGAGUUCAAUAAUUUUAAAAGUGUAGAAAGUUUCUUAUUGCAAAAAUAAUAAUUAAUGUUGGUGUACCGCAUGAAACCCAUCUAAGGCCUGAUCUUUUUAGUUUAACGCAGAGUGCAAAUGCAAUGACUUGCAGAAAAUUUCGCAAGUGUUUCGUUGAAUAUUAUAUUUGAAAAAAAAAAUGAAAAAAUAUAUUUCCAUGAUCAGGAAGCCAUUAAAAAGUUUAUCAUAAGUGAAUAAGACCAAGAGAGAAGUACAAAAGUUGUGUUGGUGUUGGUGAUAGUGCGCGACGAGGAAUACCAUUGCAAAGAAGUGGAUAAAAUAUCAAAGAAUGUUGCUGUUGGUCUAAUGAGAGUGUAAAAUCAUGUAAAGUGUUGCCAGGUUCCAUUUACAGAAAAAAGAAAAGAAGCCGAUCAGAGCAGAACGAAAUAUUAUAGGUUAGGGUAGAGGUACCUCUGUGCUGCUAUAAACAGCCUUAUAGGUAAGGUACCCAUAUUCGAGCUGCCACAUUAUCGGACUCGUACACACACCUUCUUGUAUUCGUACCGUGUUCGAUUAUCUUUUUCGAGAGAAAAAUAAAAAAGUGAUCAGUGUAUAUUUUGUCAUUUUGUUCGUUGUUUUGUUGUUGUUUGUUGUAAUAGUGUUGCUGCAUUCCAUAAUGCAAUUAUUAUUGAAAACAAAAUAAAAAGAAAAGAAAAAAAUUGAAGGAAUUGAAGAAGAAGAAGUAGAAGAAAACAUAAAGGAAUGCAUGUAUGUUCUUAUGCUUCUUUUAUAAGUGGCAAAACUUAACGAAUUAUCGCGCGACAUAUCAACGUUCAUCCAAAGUUGCAGAGGACAAGGGGACAAUUUAUGUAUUUUAUUUAUUACCUAUUUAGUUUUUGCUAAAAUGUUGUGCACUUUAUAAUAAUUGUGCAAAGUAAAUAUUUAAUUAUACUUUGAUCGAUGGUAACAAUAACGACGUGACGGACGAGAGACGGUGACAACUACAAAAAUAAUUGCGAAACCAACUGCAACCAACUUAAUAACAUUUUUAUGAAUUGUGCGGUGCAAAAUAUUAGUUUUCUUAUUUUAAAAUAUUGCUAUAGAUUUGUUGCUUUUGCCACACCAACUCCGUCGUUGUCGUCGUCGCGUUUGUCGUCCUCUCCGAAUCGACCGACGUGUGACGUUCAAUUUGACAUUCUAUUGCAAGAGGGAAUUUAUUGCUACUGCAGCAACAACGACAGGGACAACGGAGAUACAAGUUGCAAACCCAUGAAAGUUACUUGCGGAUUACAACGAAAACUGGAAAACGAUGUAAUACAAGGAUAGUCCAUACGUAGCGAUGUCACACCAAACACGCCGGGGGCCGCCAGUAGAGUGUCCCUUGGCGUCUUUAGGUCGCAACACAACAGUUUUGGAUACCCAACAACAAUAUCAUCAUCCGCUGAGCUCAAGUCCGCUUAAUCCGCAAGUGUAUCAGAUGUCGAGGAAGUCUCCAGACCUGAGUAUUGACACAGAUGACAUUAUUUACACAUCUUCGUCAGUGUCACAACAAGUUGGGGGCGAAAAUCAUCCCCAUUGUGGAAACAAUUUACCUGGGAUGUAUCAUUUAUCGAGGAGCUCAUCAUCUUCCAUGGAGCAGGCUUAUGACAUGCGACGAAAUCCACAAGUAAAUCCACAAAGCCGACACAGGCCAGUGCCACUUCGAAAUUACACACCAAUUGAGAGUUUACUUCAGUAUCGGGAAGCACGAACCCCUAGUGCGUACAUUCUUCCUGCAAAUGAUAAUAACGAAGACUCUAGCGACGAACCGAAGGUGAAUAGUAGCAAUGGCGGUAGCGGGGUGAAGAUAAAUGGCAGACGUAGUGUACCACCAAAUGCAUCGUCUGUUGGUAGUGGGCAAUAUUUUCUCGAGAAGAAAAUGGAUCAAUUGUAUAUUCAAGGUGCCAUUCGAGGACUUCCUCUGGGUUCGGAGGCAAAUCAUUUUCAAAAUGAACGCUACUUCCUGGAGGACGAUUUGAGAAACUUAUGCGAAUUUAAUGGCAGUGACCGGCUGCAUGAAUCUCAUCUUCUUCAUCGACCAUCGAGUCCGAGUGAAACGAGUGGCUCUGAUCGAUACCUUUUAGAUCGAACUCAAGGUUCACCAGCAGCAUAUACCAACGUAAAUCAACAACGUGAUUCCUCGUAUUCAAAUCAUUCGUCAAACGUUGGCCUUGACAAACGAUUCCAUCCGUCCAAAGUGAAAAGUCUGUCUGAGGGCUUUUCGAAUAUGGGUCGUUUUUCACCGAGUUUGGAUCAAGGUUAUGCCACUUUAGUAUCACCAUCACCAACUGGUCAUCCAAUACCUGGGCCAGGACCAUGGAGUAAAAAGGGGCCUUGCCGGUCAGGGCCUGGCUUUGAUCGUCUUCCAGAUGAGGCUGUACUGAAGAUUUUAGGUUGGCUUGAUAGCUGUGAAUUGUGCAAUGUUGCGAGAGUGUGUAGACGUUUUGAGAAUCUAGCAUGGCGACCGGUUCUUUGGAAAAUUAUCACGCUUAAAGGUGAACAUAUAGCUGGUGAUAAGGCAUUAAAAAUGAUAUUCCGUCAGUUGUGUGGCCAAAGUAGAAACGGUUCGUGCCCGGAUGUCGAGAGAGUAAUGCUUUCUGAUGGUUGUCGAAUUUCUGAUAAGGGCCUCGUUUUAUUAACACGAAGAUGCCCGGAGUUGACGCAUUUACAACUGCAAACGUGUGUUAGUGUAACCAACCAGGCGCUUUGUGAUGUCUUGACAAAAUGCACCAAUUUGCAACAUUUAGAUAUAACUGGUUGCACUCAAAUCAUCAAUGUUAGCAUCAAUCCAGGACUCGAACCGCCUAGAAGACUCCUACUUCAAUACUUGGAUCUAACCGACUGUACUGCCAUAGAUGAUGUCGGCCUUAAAGUAGUCGUCAAGAACUGCCCCCAGUUGGUGUUCCUAUAUUUGAGAAGAUGCAUUCAAAUUACAGAUGCCGGUUUAAAGUUUGUGCCAAGUUUUUGUAUUGCUCUCAAAGAGUUGAGCGUUUCGGAUUGCCUAAGCAUCACAGAUUUUGGUCUUUACGAACUUGCUAAACUAGGAGCCGCCUUAAGAUAUCUAUCAGUGGCUAAAUGUGAUCGAGUUUCUGAUGCAGGAUUAAAAGUCAUUGCCCGACGAUGUUAUAAGCUUCGAUAUCUUAAUGCUCGAGGUUGUGAAGCAGUGAGUGAUGAUUCAAUAACAGUAUUGGCUCGUUCAUGUCCUCGAUUGCGUGCUCUGGAUAUUGGAAAGUGUGAUGUCAGUGAUGCUGGCCUAAGAGCCCUCGCUGAAAGUUGUCCGAAUUUGAAGAAGCUUAGCUUACGAAAUUGUGAUAUGAUUACAGAUCGUGGUGUACAAUGUAUCGCAUACUAUUGUCGAGGUUUGCAACAGCUAAAUAUUCAAGAUUGUCAAAUUUCAAUUGAGGGUUAUAGGGCAGUGAAAAAGUAUUGUAAGAGAUGUAUUAUAGAACACACAAAUCCAGGUUUCUGCUGAGAUCACAGUCAAAUAUGAAACUACAAUACUUUACUAUUUAUAUAUAUA